CCUUGGCCGCGCGCUCCCGUGAAGCAUUGCAUUGUAGAAUACGGAGGGGCUGCUGCUGGCAGAAACGACGAGUGACUCUACUCCACUCUCUUCUUUAACAGUCUACACGAACCGCAGGGAUGGCAGCCAUCCGUAAGAAGCUGGUGAUAGUUGGGGAUGGCGCAUGUGGGAAGACUUGCCUUCUGAUCGUCUUUAGCAAGGACCAGUUCCCGGAGGUGUACGUCCCCACUGUGUUUGAGAACUAUGUGGCUGACAUCGAAGUGGAUAGCAAACAGGUGGAGUUGGCUCUGUGGGACACAGCUGGUCAGGAGGACUAUGACAGGCUCAGACCACUCUCUUAUCCAGACACUGAUGUCAUUCUAAUGUGCUUUUCCAUUGACAGCCCUGACAGCUUGGAAAACAUUCCAGAGAAGUGGACACCCGAGGUGAAACAUUUCUGUCCCAAUGUUCCUAUAAUCCUGGUCGGAAACAAGAAAGACCUGCGCAAUGAUGAGCACACGCGUCGGGAGCUGGCUAAGAUGAAGCAGGAACCUGUUAAGUCUGAGGAGGGCAGGGAAAUGGCCGGCCGCAUUGCGGCGUUCGGCUACAUGGAAUGCUCUGCAAAGACCAAGGACGGUGUGCGGGAGGUGUUUGAAAUGGCCACAAGGGCGGCACUGCAGGCUCGUCGUGGAAAGAAGAGCAAUAAAUGUGUACUGCUGUAACAUGGCAGUUAUUUUGGACUUUUUGCACCUGGCCUGUUGUACUUGUGGCCAAGGCGUGGGAGGGAUGGAAGAAUUAGUAGAUGGCGGCUAAGCAGGAGGGAGGGCAGAAAAAGACUGCAGUUAAUGACUACCGCUAUAAAAUGGCUGUUUGUCAGACUGAAUUCACCCUGGGACUUUUGUUCGCGAAGCGUUGAUGAAGAGAGAUUGGAUGUGGGCAAAUACCAACAUUUGUAAACCAUCAGACUGUUAAUUUGGUGGGAACACCAGCCCCCCCCCCCCCAGACUGAAAGUCAUCAAGAGAUCCUGACCCUUGCUUAAAAUUUAACCAUCCGUGAUAAUUUGUGGUGGACAUUCCGCUUACUGUGACAAGGGAAUUUGCCCUGUGAUGAGGCUUUAUGCACCAAGUUCAAAUUGUCACUUGGAUAAAAUUUGUGUGUGUGGAAUUGUGCUGACAAUUCUAACACAUGACAACAUGAAGACCAGUGUCUGUAAACGUUUUUGUCCCGUGUGCACCCCCACCCCAUCCCCCUCAACUUCAGAUGCGAGGGUUUUACAUGUGCAGCCUCAAGCCAGGAGGUCUAUCUGAGGUUAAUCCUGUGUUUACAGACUCAGCCUGCACAUGCACUGAGCUCUCACCUCACUGGCACUGAUCUAAUAUUGUUGCAAUUGACAGACCAUUGUCCCCCAGUUGUUACCAUUGUAAAGUACUUGUAGGUUGAUUGAGGCAAUUAUUACUCUUAACACCCACCACCACCAACAAGUAAUGAUAUCAUGGGUUAUAAAAAUGACAAAUAUCACUAACAGGGGUUCCAGUUGAAGCAUUUUUGAGCCACCCAAACUCUUCUCGUCAGCUCCCCAUUCCUCCCCCACACAUUUGACUGCUGGUGCUGAUCUUCUCCUGGUUGUAGACCAGGACAGAGAACAAGGAGAGGAAGGAUUAUGUUUACAUGCACACCACCACUGAUCUGUGGAUCCAGGAGGAACACAUUUUUAUUGUAUUUUACUUGGGGGCAGAAGUGUAGACUUGUAAGACAGAAUCUGAAGCUCAUUUUACACAGCCUAUUGAAUCCAGGAUUUCUAGGCCUUCCCAUACGUCAGACCAGUCGUCGUUACAAAGCAAUUGUCUGAUUCCCACACCCGUUAAAGCUCAUAUGCGGCUAUUUUGCAGCCCUCUGUGUGAAAGAGGCUCCAAAAGGUUCCUGGGAUCAAGCACAUUUAAACAAUUUAAUGUGCCUUAUCAUUCAAGUGUUGGUACCUGCCAACCCCCCAAAAAUUGCAUGUAACCACCCAAAUGACAGCCAGUUUUGGGGAAACAACAAAUAGUGUUCUUCAGCAUUAUUUUGCAAAAUUCGAUUUUACAACCUGAUUAAUUGCUCGCUUUUAAUGGUAUUUGAUUAAAAAUGCCAAUGGUGGCCUGUCAGUUUUUGCUCAAAUAAUAGAACCCUCUAGUUCCUCUUCCUGGUCUACGGGGAGGGGUUUGCUCCAGACACCUCCUCUUGUAUUGUUGUAUUACACUUUUUUUCCUGCUUUAAAAAUUUUUUUGUCUGUCAGUAUUUAAAAAAAGAAAAGAAAUUGAGGUAAAACGAGCGGACUGUCAUUUUUGCUUGCUUUACCUGACCUUACUAUUUGUGGUUAAAACCCUGUCAAUCAGUCCCACCAAAUGACAUUGUUAGGCAUUCGAGAGGCUGGAUUAUUGCUAAUAUGUUUGUUUUCAAACACACAAAUAAAAAUAAAGAGAAGAAAAUUGCCUCCUAAUGUAUCAGUAAUCAGUUUUAUUUCAUAUUUUAAUGAAUGUUUAAAUCUUAAAUUUUGGAUGCUGAAGUCAGAACAGGUAAACCAAGUUGUAUGCAAUGUCUGUAAAUAUGAAUUAUGGGUUUGUUCAUAAUAGACUAUACACAUGCACAGGACUGGAAACUAUUUGUAAACUAGCUUUCGUUUGUGUAAUAAAUUACUUUCUAUGACACCCA